CAAACUUCCGGUUUGAAACAUGCUUUUAAAUUUUUAUUUUUAUUUCAUUGAUUUCUCUCGUAAUGCUGACAAAAUAUUGUAAAUAUGCAAGUUUCAAGUCCUAAUAAUAUUAAGAUCUACAAUCUUAGUGCUGGGAAAACAUUACCAGAGUGGCUGUCAGAUAGGAAGAAAAGGCAGCUACAAAGAGAAGAUGAUGAUCUUAGACGAAGAAUUGAGCUCAUACAGGAUUUUGAGAUGCCUGCUGUUAGCAACUGUAUCCAGGUUUCAAAGGAUCAACAAUACAUAUUUGCAACAGGUACAUACAAGCCAAGAGUUAGGUGCUAUGAUACUAGUCAGAUGUCAAUGAAGUUUGAACGGUGCAUGGAUGAAGAAUGUGUUAAGUUCAAAAUACUCAGCGAUGAUUAUUCAAAGUUGCUGUUUCUACACGCAGACAGACACGUAGAGUUCCAUCAUCAAAAUGGUCGUUAUUAUAGAACUCGGAUACCCAAAUUUGGUCGUGAUUUUGUUUACCAUGAUGCAUCAUGUGACCUUUACUUUGUUGGUGCUAGUUCAGAGGUUUACAGACUUAACUUAGAGCAGGGCAGGUUCCUGAAUUCCUUGAAAACAAAUGCAACAGAGAGUUACUGUUGUGAUUUGAAUCCAGAGCACUAUUUGUUUGCCUGUGGUACAAAACAGGGUAAUGUGGAAUGCUGGGACCCCAGAACAAGAAACAGGGUGGGGAUUCUGGAUUGUGCCCUGUCAUCAGUCCUAGAGGAUAUAGAAAAAGAGGGAGUACCAGCAGUGACGUCACUGAAGUUUAAGGACGCUCUUACUAUGGCAGUUGGGACAAGUACAGGACAGAUACUUCUCUAUGACAUUAGAUCUGACAAACCACUUCUCGUAAAAGAUCACCAGUUUGGUCUUCCAAUUAAAAAUAUAGUAUUCCACAAAUCCACGGACCUGGUUUUAUCACAAGAUAGCAGAAUUUUAAAACUAUGGGACAGAAAUACGGGUAAAGCAUACACGUCUAUAGAGCCAGGUACAGUGCUGACAGACAUGUGUGUUGUUGAGAACUCAGGAAUGGUGUUUAUGGCUAAUGAAGCUCCAAAGAUGCUCACAUACUAUAUUCCAUCACUAGGUCCUGCUCCAAAGUGGUGCCACUUCUUGGAUAGUCUGACUGAAGAACUGGAGGAGAACCCUACUCCUACAGUGUAUGAUGACUACAAGUUUGUGACGAGGACAGAGCUAGACAGUCUUGGCUUGGCACAUUUGAUUGGUUCAAGUCUACUAAAAGCAUACAUGCAUGGUUACUUCAUGGAUAUUCGACUCUAUAAUAAGGCUAAAUCCAUAUCAGAUCCAUUUGCCUAUGAGGAAUACAGGAGGAGUAAGAUUAGGGAGAAAAUUGAAGAAGCACGUGCUAAUCGUGUUAAGGUUAAGAAACUUCCUAAAGUAAACCGUGCCUUAGCAGAGAAAUUGAUCGAUCAAGAAGCCGACGAGCAGAGCAAACCAAAGAAAAAGAAGGAAGCAGCCACACUGCUACAGGAUGAUCGGUUCAGUGCAAUGUUUAAGAAUCCUGACUUCCAAGUGGAUCCAGAGAGUGAGGACUACAAACUUCUCAACCCAGUUGUCUCUAAAUUAGAGAAGUCCCGCCAGAAAAAAGCACAGAGAAUCGUAGAGGCGGAGGCCCACCAAGAUGAUGAUGAUGAAAGGGAGGGUAAAGCAAGUUCAGAUGAAGAUAGCUCAGACGAUGAACAUACAUGGGCACAAGAGGUGAAGCAACAAUACAGACAGGUUCAACAGGAAGCUAAGUUACAACGUAAACAAGAAUGGCAGGAAAGGCAGGAGAAAUUGAAAUUCUUUGAAAUUAAAGAUGGUACUGAGUUCAAGGGAAUAAAAGAUAAAUCUCAAAAACGAAAACAAACAAAGAGAAGUCUUGGUGAUAGGCUGAAAAGUGAGGGUGAUUCUGAUAUAGUGAGGCAAACAGGAACAUCACAUGGUGCCAGAGAGAUGACCUUUACACUGAAAAAGAGUGAUAAGGAGAAAACUAAGAAAAUGGAGAUGCAGCAACAUCAUGCAGAGAGACGGAAAAUACGAAGAUCUGCUCAUGAAAUAACAAAGACUUCUAAGCCUCAACCUAAGUACUGGAUGGGAAAGAAAGUAUCAUAACACAGAGAUUUGACUAGUUCUACUACAUGUAUUUAGGGUGAAUGAAGAUCCAGUUAUAAUGU